AUGGAACUUCCACCUAUUUUCAUCAAUUGGAUUAAAGCUUGUUACUCAGAAGUAAGAUACUCCAUCUCUUUCAAUGGCAGUCUGAUUGGCUACUUCAAGGGUGCCAUGGGUAUAAGGCAGGGUGACCCCCUAUCUCCUCUAUUAUUUGCCCUCUCAAUGAAUGUGCUAUCCAGACUUCUUAAUUUAGCUGCGACACGAGAUGAUCUCCUAAUCUUUUGUAAAGGAACUGUAGAAUUUGUUAUAGGAGUCAUCAGUGUCCUAGAUAAAUUCUAUGAAAUGUCUGGACUUCAGCUUAAUGCGGCCAAAUGUGAAUUUUACGCUGUUGGUAUCCCUAUUAAUAAUAUAGAGACUAUACAUAGAAUCACGAGUUUCACACAUGGAAGCUUACCUGUGAGAUACUUAGGGGUACCUCUAGUAACGAGAAAACUUUCUGAAAAGGAUUGUGGACUCCUCAUUGAAAAAAAUCAAAGCCAAGCUCCAUCACUGGUCAGGAUUAAGCAACUAUGUUCUCGUUUUCUCUGGAAAGGUUCAGACAAGGCUGCUACUGGCGCUAGACUCAUUAGAAACAUCUUAGCAGGAGAGGGCUCACUGUGGGUUGCUUGGAUCAAAUCCUACGUGUUAAAAGAUAGAGACUUUUGGCACUCAGAAGGUGGAACUAAUGCUAGUUGGAGCUCCAGGAAACUAUUAAAACUUAAAAGAGAAGCACAAACUGUUUUUUCUACAGGAGCAAUGAUGACUCGCGCCAUUUGGGAUGAGAUUAGAGUAAAGAGGGACAAAGUUAUUUGGCAUAAUCUAAUUUGGUUUCCUCUUCACAUACCAAAACACAGCAUGAUUGCUUCGAUGGCUAUCUUGGACAGACUGCCAACUAGGAAUACGCUUCAACGUAUGAGCAUUAUAACAGAUGGCUUGUGUGUUCUGUGCAAUGAGGACCGGGAGACAAGAGACCAUCUAUUCCUUGAAUGUCCUCUAGCGGUUUCUCUUUGGAAAGCCAUUCUGUAA